AUGUCUUUCAUAACAGUGGCAGCAGCCACGCUCCCCAGCAUCCCUCUGGAUUUUCAAGGGAACCGAGAUAGAAUCAUAGAGUCUAUCCGGGUGGCCAAGUCCAAGGGAGCUACUGUUCGAACUGGUCCUGAACUUGAGAUUCCAGGAUAUGGAUGUCUUGACCACCAUCUCGAGGGCGACACCUUCUCCCACAGCUUCGAGGUCCUGGCUGACAUCAUUUCCGACGAGGCAUGCAAGGACAUGAUUAUUGAUAUUGGCUGUCCCGUGAGGCACCGCAAUUGCCGGUACAACGCCCAGGUCCUGGCCACGUACAAGCACAUCUUUUUCAUCCGGCCUAAGAUGAGCCUUGCAGGUGACGGCCUCUACCGAGAGAUGCGCCAUUUCACGCCCUGGGUCAAGCCCCGCCAGUUUGAGACGUAUUACCUCGAGGACGUGGUGACGCGCGUCACAGGUCAGAAGACGGUGCCUAUCGGCGACGGCAUCCUGAGCACCAGGGACACGGCCAUUGGCGUCGAGACGUGCGAGGAGCUCUUCACCCCUCUAAACCCCUCGACGUAUCUCGGCCUCAAUGGCGCCGAAAUCAUCCUCAACAGCAGUGCUAGUCAUGCAGAGCUCCGAAAGCUCAAGACUCGUCUUGACCUCAUCUCCAACUCCACGCGCAAGCUGGGCGGCAUCUAUGUCUACGCUAAUGCUAAUGGCGUUGAUGGAGAAGCUAGGAUGAUGUUUGACGGCUCGUCCAUGGUCCUGAAGAACGGAGAAGUGAUGGCCCAGGCUGUCCAGUAUACCCUCAAGCCCGUUGAUGUCAUCACCGCCACUGUCUCCCUCGAGGACGUGAGGAGCUACCGCUCCGGCAUGUCCAGGAACAUGCAGGGUGCUGCCCAGGAAGACUUCCCUCGCGUGGAGACGGACAUGGUUCUCUCCCGAAGCGCCAGCGACAUCUACCUCUCCAAGACCCUCCAAGUCAGUAAGCCCAUGGAACUUAAGGUGUUGGACCCCAUGGAAGAGAUUGCCAUGGCACAGGCCGUAUUCCUGUGGCAGUAUCUUACCAGGACCAACUCUCCCGGUUACUUCUUGUCUCUCAGUGGCGGUCUAGACUCGUCGACCGUAGCCCUAUUUGUGUAUAGCAUGGCCAGACUGGUACUCCAAACCAUUCAGGACGGCGAGAAGUCUACUCUCGAUGACCUGCAGCGUGUGACGGGUGACAAUAUGUUUGUUCCCAAGACUCCCGAAGAGAUUGUCUCGAGGCUCCUCCACACUUGUUACCAAGGAACGGUCAAUUCUGCCGAAGAGACUCGGUCUCGCGCCGAGCGACUAUCCAAGACAAUCGGCGCCCACCACUCCGACAUCACAAUCGACGAGGCUGUCUUAGCUCACCAGGCCAUCAUCACCAAGACUCUGGGCUUCGAACCCAAAUACUCCGUCCAGGGCGGCACCCCGGCUGAGAACCUCGCCCUGCAGAAUAUCCAGGCGCGCAACAGGCUCGUCGUGCAGUAUGAGCUCGCCCAGCUGUCCACUACCGCUCGCAAACUUCCUCGUGCGGGGGCUGCUCUUCUCGUUCUGGGUAGCGGCAAUGUUGACGAGAAUCUCCAGGGUAGCACCAAAUACGACGCCUCAUCCGCCGACAUCUCUCCUCUAGGCAGCAUCUCCAAGACGGACGCCAAGGCCUUUCAGAAAUGGGCCAUUGUCCAUUUCAGUCUUCCCAUCAUGAACGAGUUUCUCGACGCCACCCCGUCAGCCGAGCUCCUCCCUCUAUCGGCGGGUGUCCAGGAUGACGAAUCCGAUGCAGAGAUGGGCUUCACAUACAAGGAACUUGGCGAGUUGGGAAUGCGCUUCAAGGCAGACAAGCUGGGUCCCUGGUCAAUGUACCUCCGCCUCCUGGGUGACUGGAAGGACACCCGCCCGGACUUUGGCCCCCGCCAGAUCGCCGACAAGGUCAUGCGCUUCUUCCGCUUCUACUCCCUCAACAGGCACAAGGCCGUCAUCCUCACCCCCUCGCCGCACAUGUCGGCCUACAACCCCGACGACAACAGGCGUGACCUCCGCCCCUUUUUGUACGUCGUCAACUGGCCUUACCAGUUUGGCAAGAUCCGCGCCCACGUCGAUGAGCUGGAGAAGAAGCUCGGCGAGCAGGAGCUGCCGCAAGAGCCGCAGGAGUCGUAG